AUGUGCGAGUCCAUGGGUCACCUCAUACCCGUGCUCGGCCAGAAGGCGGCCAUCCAGAUGGUCAUGAACACAAUGGUGAUGAUGUUUCCGAAGACGAUCAGAAGGGCGGACGUACACCUGGAUCUCCAGCUUCGUGGAGGCACACAAGGACUCGAUGUCGUUCGGGGAGCCGCAGAUCUGCAUCGUUCCGUUGCCGGACAAGGUCAGCGCCGAAGCUCUGGACGUGCUCACGGGCACCUGGACCUUAAUAGCCCCGCCACACGCCGCUGGAUGAACAACAACACCGAGCCCAGUACCCCAUAUACCCCCGAUCUAAACACCUAUAUCUCAUUCGACCUAGGCUGCUCUCGCAUCGUUGUCCACGGCGCCACAACCGGAAUCAUCCCACAAAGCCCCAAUCGAACAGACCUCCUCCAUAUAUUUCCCCUCCAAAGACCUUAG